CAACCUGCUUCUUCUGGAAGGAGAUCUCACAUUUCUCACAGUAGCGCACUUUCACUCUCGCCACACGCUUCAUUGUCUUCACCAACGGAACGCAUUACUGCUAUGUUAGCCAACUUGUUGACAUACUUGUUCAGCGAGUGAAAACAUCCGACGAUACUCUGCCAGAAUGAAUUCAGGGGGAAAUAUGACCUGCCGUCCUGGGAACAGUGAAGUUGCGAACGUGUUGGUGAUCAUUUUCCUGACUAUCGAGACUCUGGUGGGGCUGCCAGGCAGCAUCCUCGCGCUGUGGAUCUUCUGUCGCCGUAUGAAGUUCUGGAAAUCCCACGUCACCUUCCUCUUUAACCUCUGUCUGGCCGACUUCCUGCUCUUCCUCAGCGUGCCCUUCCGCAUCGACACCCACUUCCGAGGCGACGACUGGCAGUUCGGGCCGAUUUGGUGCCGCAUGAACCUGUACAUGCUGUCCGUCAAUCGAUCUGCCAGCAUUUCGUUCAUGACGGCCGUGGCAAUCGACCGCUACCUGAAGGUGGUCCAUCCGCAUCACCCCAUCAGUCGACUGACCUCAACUCAGGCGUACAAACUGUCAGCGAUGAUAUGGCUCAUCGUGAUUUUAUAUCGUAUUCCGUUGUUGACGAUCGACCUCCUCCAUCCGGUGGGAAAGAAGAAAAUGUGUCGCAGCUUCAACUCCUAUGAAGUCCUCCCUCCGGCAAUAAAAAUGCACUAUGUAGCCUACGUCCUAGAGUUCUUCCUGCCUUUGUUUUUGCUCAUUUUCUGCUCCGUCAAGAUCGCCUGCCAAAUACAAAGGGUUCAAAUGGAGAAAGAGAGAGUGCAGCGCGCCAUCCGAGCUGUAAUGGUCAUCAACAUGGUGUUCAUCCUCUGCUUCAUGCCAGGCGUCAUCACAGGCCUGGUGGGGCUCUACAUAGGGAUGUUCUACCCAGAAGCAUGUGAAACCUACAAGUUAUGGAUCAAUCUCUUCAUGGUGAGCAUUGGCUUCACCUACCUCAACAGCGCCUUGGACCCCGUCAUCUAUUUCUUCUCCAGCUCUGUGUUUCAUGACAUUCUGAAGAACUCCUUCAAAUGCAAGAGAAGCAUCAGUGAAGACAGCACCCUAUAACCGCUGACAGCCAUAUUCCACGGAAACAACACUUCUUCUUCUUCUUCGUGGGAUUACUACAUGCAGCACGGAUACCUAAGAGACACUUUUACACACAACUUACCCAUAAAAAAUACUUAAUUUAACAUGACAGAACAAAACAAAUCCAACAGAUUUCUACUAGGCCAGACCAGAACUUUUUCUUUAGUGCUGAUGUUUUACAGUGCGUCAUUGAUUGGUGUAUAAUGAAGCAUCUUCCAACCAUCUUAAUGCACUCUAAAACAUGUUAGUUAUUGUAAUUCUUGGAAAGGAUGUUAUCAGCAGUACAGACAGUUUUUCAACUGAUGAUCUUGUAAUAGUACAAUGCAUAAAAUCUGCAUUUACUUUUGUAAUUAAUGGUAUUUUAGUAAAAGCAUAGCUGGUAUUUUUAAGGUGGAAUGAUGAAUAAUUAGUAGGUAACUACUUUAACCUGCUAAGACAGGAUGAAUUAAAAGUAAUUCUGAUUGUUCUGGUGAGCUAAUCUAGCAGAGUAUAUAUUUAUGUAUUUCCCACCUUUUGCUGGACAAUUUCCUCAAAAAAAAAACUAUUAAUGCUGAGAAUCUCUGUUGGUAAUUCUAAGGAAAAAUACUCAGUAAACCAUUCAAUAUUGUUUUAUUUUUACUCUGUAUUUGUAAGACUUCAAACUUUAGUCUGAUGCUUGAUGUUUUUCUAAAUAACCAAAUUAUCUGUUUCUACAUAUUUUGAAGCCAGUGACUUACUGUCAAUGACUAACGUAUUUUAAUAAGAAAUUAACCAAUAAAAAUGGUGGCUGAUCCACAAAAGUACAUUUGCUGAAGUUUGAAAAACUGCAGAACUAAGACGGUUUGUGUCACAGCUUGUCACACUGUGUUAAUAAAUUAAAAGAUGUUGAUCUCAAUUACUGCAAAAUGCUGCACUUUUUGUAAUACAUGAUUUCCUUUUCCCUUGAAAGUUUUCCACAGCAAUUUGAUGAGACAUGCAACUCAAGAGAAUGUUGCUAACUGCUAGCCAAAGUGAGGCCAACUCCGAGACACCUUUUAAAAUUAAACUACUUUUAUAAUUUUGAGCUAGAAUUUUAUUUUUAUAAACUUUUAACCCGCUGACACAUUUGGAUAAGACCGAAUUGGACAUUUUUAUAUGACAUUUACAGUAUUUAAUAAAUGUCUAUACUUAUAAACAGGAAGGCCAUAAUAUCUUAAUCACCUUACGUCUUUUUUAUUUGAAACACAUGCUAAGCUACAUGUGCUAAUCAACUUGUUAACAUCUAACCAUAUUUAGCAGACAGCUAAUACAAUAGUAAUUACAUAUAUAACAAUAGAAGUAUAUUAAUUUUUCUGCAUUCUCUAUUUUUUUAUUGCUAGAUUUCUAGUUUGUGUAAAGAGCGAAUUGCUAUGGGAGACAAACUAGCUUGACUAUGAAAACUUUUCUGAAAAUUGAGGAGUUUUUGUUUUUUUAAGACCUUUAUAAAGAUAAUAAAAAAUCUUUUUAAGAUGCCUCCAUCCUGGUUGUCGGAACAAUCUGAUCUUAUUUCUCUGUAUCCAAGUGUGUUAAAGGAGUUGUUUAGCACAGGUGAUAUUCUGACUAAUCAGUAACUAUAAAUCUUCUUUAUAUGGCCUGUCUAAAAAUAAAAAAUACAACAAAGAUCCUACAAAGAUGAUCAGAAUAGCAAAGCUACAUGCUAGCUUUUCCUUGGCUAAUGCUAGCUAGACUUUUUUCCAGUUGCUUUUCUUUUCUUUUAGUUUUUCUACUUUUGUUUGUUAGUUUACUGUACUAUUUUAGUUGACUGAAAUUUGUGGAACAAUUCUUUAAAAAUGUCUUUAAUCUCAAAUAAAACAAAUAUAUAUUCAGAGAGUAUCACAUUACAGAACUAUGACAGAGUAUUAGGACCAUACAAAUAAUAAA